AUGGUCAUCACGCCCAAAGAGAAACACCACAACAUUAGACCCAUAAACGCCAUCCACAGCACCGCUGCGACCGCAAAUGUCACGACAGAGGAGACCAAAGAACCCGACGACGUCACCGGAACCAAAGAUGACGUCAUUGAUGACGUCAUUGAUGACGUGGUGGACGGUCUGAGUCGCCAAAACUCGAAUGACAGCGGAACAGGCGAAGACGUAGAACACCUUGUCAUCAGCAACACACCCAGCCUGCCCCACGACGCACUAGCACCCUCACACGCAGAGAUGCAGCACCACGCAACCAAGGCUAUGAUGGGUGCGAUGUCUGAAGGUAGUACUGACGGUACCGCUGACGACGCACCGCUGGCCCUCACAAGAGAAGACACUCUGGACGGAGACAAACCCGUCUUUGCGCAGGUCAAGGAUGAGCAGGCGCUUAAAUUUUCCCACAUCCAACAGUACGAUGCAUGGCUGGUGUUCAGAGGACUGUGUCACAUGUCUCUGCAGGACGCGUCUUCAGAAAACACCGCCACAGCACUCGAUAUGAAGUCACCAGAAGCACGCAGCAAGGCGAUCCUCACUGCCGUGACGUCUCCCAACUGCGAAGUGCACGGCCAAACACUGCUCAACGCCAUCAAGACAUGCUACAACAUCUACCUCAGCAGCACCAGCACCAUCAACAUCACCACAGCCAAGGCCACCCUCACGCAGAUGCUCUCGGCCGUGUUUCAGCGCAUGGAGACCCAUCCCGUGGAGGUACCUCCGCCGGAUGAAGAUGAAGAAGCAGUAAAUGGUCAGAACUUCCUGACAGUGAUCCAAAAGAUGAGUGUGGAGUUGGAGGUGGGCAUAAAAGCGGUAUCCGAAGAUGUGGAGGAAUCAGUCAAUGCGAGUGAUGGAAGCACAAAAGCCCCUGCAGACACGGAAGCUGCGGGUGAACCCUGUGAACCCCAAUCAGAAUCAAAAGAAGUUCAAGGCGACCAAUCAGAAUCAACAGAAGUGGAAAGUAUCCAAUCAGAAUCAACAGAAGUUCAAGGCGACCAAUCAGAAUCCAAAGAAGUGAGAAGUGACCAAUUAGGCGGCGGCGAUGCGGACUCGAAAGCUGUGUCUGACGCUGAAGACGGUGCUGCGGUUACAGAAACAGAAACAGAAACUGUCAAAGAAGUGCUAUCACUUGAGCUGAUUCUGGUGGUACUGCAGAACUCGGGCAAAGUCUUCCAGACACAUCUCGAGUUCAUUGACUUGGUGCGGAAGAGCCUGUGCAUCUCAUUGUCCAAGAACGGCGUAAGCCCCAUCCCACAGGUGUUUGAGCUUUCGCUGGCUGUGUUCCUGUGCCUUCUGGUGAGCUUCAAAGUGCACCUGAAGGCGCAGAUAGAAGUGUUCUUCAAAGACAUCUUCAUGUUGAUUCUGGAGUCACCCACAUCCAGCUUUGGGCACAAGUGGAUGGUACUCAAUGCCUUACAGCGCAUCUGCAGCAAUCCACAGACACUGGUGGAUCUGUUCCUCAACUACGACUGUGAUUUGUCACUCGACAAUGUCAUCUCACGGUUCAUCAAUGACAUCUCACGCAUCGCCCAAGGUCGGCAUAGUACCGAACUCGGUGGAACUCCGCAGCAGGAGGAAGCCAUCAAGUACAAGGGACUGGAAUGUCUGGUGACCAUGCUAGACUCAAUGGUCGCAUGGACAAAGCGAACCGAAGACACGCAGCAGACCGCCACCGACGCCACCACCUCGUCCACUACACACAGUGGCAUGACCACGCCACUGGUGAGUGGUAGUACUAACAACAGCAACACAGCCCUAGGCGUGGGGGAUAUGCGUGUGCACUCCAACAACAGCAGUGGCUACAGCCUGUCAGCCAAUGCGCUCGUGGCAGACGACGGCACCACAGACUUUGAGGUGCAGCGAGAGACCAAGAAGACGAUGGAGGCGUGCAUAGAACUCUUCAAUGAGAAGCCGAAAAAAGGACUCAAAUUGGCCCAAGAAAAGGGACUAGUGGGCACUACGAACGAAGAUAUGAUCAAGUGGAUGAAGACAGAGGAAAGACUGAGUAAGACAAUGAUAGGUGAGCUGCUUGGCGACGGAGAGAAGUCGAUGAUUGAACUGAUGUACGUGUGGGUGGACAGCCUCGACUUCACUGGCAUGCAGUUUGUCGAUGCGUUGAGACAUUUCCUGGGAGGCUUCAGGCUGCCUGGUGAGGCGCAGAAGAUUGAUCGUCUGAUGGAGAAAUUCGCUGAGAGCUACACCAACUGCAAUCCAGAGGAGAAGCUCUUCGCCAACGCAGACACGGCAUACGUCUUGGCCUUCUCCAUCAUCAUGCUCACCACAGACCUGCACUCAGGACAGAUUAAAAACAAGAUGACCAAAGAGGAGUUCAUUCGCAACAAUCGCGGCAUCAACGACAACAAAGAUCUGCCUCUCGAGUUUGUGUCCGGGGUGUACGAUGAGAUUGAGGCCCGGGGAAUCAAGGUCAAGGACGAUCGCUCUGCCAAAGGCAACGCACACAUCUCCAGCGCUCUCUUAGCCGACGAGAAGAAGCGAAGAGCGUUAUACGCAGCACAGAUGACACAGACCUCUGAGGCCACACAGGCACUGCUGGCUGAUGAGGCGAGCAAGGGCAAGCUAGACUUCACCAUUGCGUCUAAGACAGAGCAUAUCCGCCCCAUGUUCAGCCUGGCGUGGGCGUCGUGUCUGGCUGCGUUCAGUGUGCCCAUGAUGACUUCGGAAGACCAUCGCAUCAUUGCCCUGUGCUUGGAGGGCUUUGCACACGCCAUCCGCAUUGCCGCGCAGUUCUACAUGGCCCUGGAGAGAGACGCCUUUAUACGGUCACUGACGCAGUUCACCAAUCUCAUCACCACCAACCCACACCAGCAACACCCGCCCCUCAAAUGGAAGAACCGUGAGAGCUUCCGCACACUGCUUAGCAUAGCCACCACUGAGGGCGAUCAUCUGCAGAACUCGUGGUAUUCUCUGCUCAAGAGCAUUUCUGAGCUUGAGUUGGUCAAUGUCACAGGCCCUUCCUCUCUCAGUCGCCAAAACAGUGUGUUUGGGGGUGCGCUGGACUAUACGGGCAUGCUGCCCAACGGCGAGGAUACCGGGCACAUGGCUGAGGACGGUACAGCUGUUAACCGCAAGGGCAGCAUCACCACCUCCAUGGGUGCGCUUGACAACAUGACCUUCAUCAAUAACAUGGCACUACCAGAGAGUACCUUUGCCACAGCGCAAGAGAUCAAGAUGCUCAGAGCUAUGCAGCAGAGCCCACACGGACAGCAAGCGGCCCCAAUGCGCAUGAAGGGCGAUUUUAGGCCAGGGACAGUGCUCUCGCUCAACCAACCGGAAGGCUUGCAGUCGCGGAGAGACGUGGAUGGCAUCAGUGUUAAACGCACAGGCAGCUUAGUCGACAGGGAACAGAGUGUGCUGGUGGAAGUGGAUAAGAUCUACACCGGUAUGCAAGUUCUACUCCGCUAUGUAAGAUCUACUCCGCUAUUUGAUAUUUACUUACCCUGA